AUGGAGCUCAGCGUCGCCGCCGCAGCCGUGGAGCUCGGCAAGCGGGGCCGCCCCGACGACCAGUACCAGGAGCAGGACCAGGACCACGGGGAUGCCAAGCGGCUGGCGCUCGUGCCGUGGCCGCCGCACCAGCAGCACCCCUCCUCGCGGAUCUACCGCGUCUCGCGCGGCUCCGGCGGCAAGGACCGCCACAGCAAGGUCUACACGGCCAAGGGCAUCCGCGACCGCCGCGUCCGCCUCUCCGUCGCCACCGCCAUCCAGUUCUACGACCUGCAGGAUCGCCUUGGCUAUGACCAGCCCAGCAAGGCCGUCGAGUGGCUCAUCAAGGCUGCCGCCGCCGCAAUCGACAAGCUCCCCGAGCUCGACGCCGCCGCCUUCCCCAACCACCCGGCCUCAGCCUCAGCCUCAGCCAACAAACAGUCUUCUGCUCUUCACGCGGAGGCCGACGACUCGCAGCCCCAGCAGCUCACCAGAUCGGGCUGCAGCAGCACGUCCGAGACCAGCAAGGGCUCCGUCCUCUCGCUUUCUCGCUCCGACAGCCGCGUCAAGGCUAGGGAGCGCGCGCGCGACCGGAGCGCCUCUGUGAAGGACAAGGACGACUCGGUCACCGCCGCCGUGCACCGCCGGCCCCCCUCGGCGCAGGCGGCUUCCUUCACCGAGCUGCUCACUGGAUUGGCGGCCGCCACCCCAGCUGUUGCUCAGCACAAGCAGCACAACUCGUGGCAGCAGAUGACCGCGUCUGCCACCGCGGACUACCUCGGCUUCGCCCAGCCCCGGAAAUCCGGGCACGGGAUGCUGCACACCUUCGCCUCCCCGGCCCCGCACCUGGGCAACAUUGCGCCCGUCUCCAUGGCCCCGGCGCAGCACUUCAGCUUAUCAGCCGGCGGCGGCGAUUCGCAGACGGAGAUGCCGCACUUCUCCUUCUCGCAAGACCACUACAUGCCCGUCCAUGCGGCGCCAGCGUCGGGUCCGGCAGUAGACUACAGUCUCAACUUCUCCAUGUCCUCGGGUCUUGUGGGUGUCAACAACACUAGGGGGACCCUUCAGUCCAAUUCGCAGCCGCACCUCUCCGGCCACCACCACCACCACCACCACCACCAGCAGCUCCAGAGGCUGUCUACUCCACUGGAUGCUCCGCACAUACCCUUCUUGUUCAGCCCAGCCGUCGCGGUGGCCUCCCCCACCACAGCGGAGAGCCACUUCGGCGCGGCGGCCGCAUUGCAGCUCUGGGAGGGGUUCCGGCACUCCGACAUGAAGGAGAAGGGCAAGAACUGA